CCUUGAUGACACCUCAUCACUCCUCUGUUCGCCUUCCUCAUCCAUCUUCUCCACUUCUCUCUACCCUCCUCCGCACCCCAUCGGAUUCCUCUCCUCGAUCCUGAUCUGCUACUGGAAGUUUCUCGAUCGCGUCCAGCUCCAAUUCGGUCGAUAAUUUAUUGCAAUCGUCGAGAAGAAUCGGGGGAAAGAACGAGGGAAAAGCUAUCGGCCAUCAGUCCGGAAGCAUCUCUUGCUACCGGUGGGAUUGUGGGAUUAUUUGCAGCCGUUUUCCAUGUACUUCGUUUUUCUUGAUUUUUACCUGCACGAUCUGACUCGAUCUGCACUUAAAAAUCCGAUCUUUUCAUCUUCUUCCUGCUCCGUUUGUCUUCGCGGUCCUAUCGUCUGCCUCUAGGCCCUCGAAUUUCAUCUCUUUUCUUGGGAAGCAAGCUUUGUAUUGAUUCUAGUUGGUAUUUUGUCUCUAAGUUGACCUAAAGAUGCAAUAUUUGGUUUCCGUUGAGGGAAAGAACAAUAUUUGGUUCCCUGUUAUCAUUGCUGUUAGAAUACAUUUUGUGGGCAUUUGAAUGUUUCUUCUGUCAGUUAAUCUUUUUUAAAAAAUUUUAUCAUUUUUGUCAACUGGACUUGUUCUACAAGUUUGCUUGUUUCCUUUUGUUUUCUGUUCCGUGGUGUGUGCAACAAACUCACAGAAUCUAUUGACGAUUGUUGGAUGCGUUAAGCAAAAUAUCUUGUGGAGAGGGAUACUUUUCUCUGAGAAGAUCAUUGGGAAUAUGCUUUGUUUGGGAACUGGUACCGCCUGGAUCAUUUCCUUCCUUCCUGUACGUUUCCCCCUUUUUUGAGGGGUUGCUUCUAUGAGGCUGAGACUUGCUACAGAUCGUCCAGGACAAAGGUUCUUCAUAUGUCAAUGUACUUUGUGACAAAGAUCUUCUGAAAUUGUAUAAGUUGGAGGAUUAAAAUCAGCAUAUCUGACUUGUGCUUGGGGAAACACUGACUUUAAAAGUAAUGUGAAGGAUUGUUCGGGGUCUCUACUACCACUUCCAUUUCUCACUAUCUUGAAGUGGUACACUGGAGGUGGUGUUCGAUGAUAAGCUUGAAUUAGCCGUAGUGCUUGAGGUUUGAGAACUAAGAAUUAGACAGUGCCCUAUGGACGCCACCGCCAGUGGUGGCAGUUCCUCGAUACCGUUUCGCACAGUUGUGGAUUCAUCCCUCCCACUUGUGCCCCCAUUGCAGCAAACAUUCCAACGAAUGCAGCGGCAUUGCUUUGGUGAUUCUACCCCAGGGGAAUUCCCCUUGGCUGCAAAUCCCUCAAUUGUUCUCCAUGUCCUUACUGCUUGCAAUUUGAAUCCCCAGGAUCUUGCUAAUCUAGAGGCAACAUGUACAUUCUUCAGGAAGCCUGCCAAUUUUACUCCUGACUUUCAAUUAUCUAUUGCCGAGCUUGCAGCUCUGGACAUGUGCCAAAAACGGGCCAUAUUUAAGCCAAUGUCUGCUGAAGAGAGGGACUUUCUUAAACAACGCAGUGGUGGAUCCUGGAAAUUAGUGCUUAGGUAUAUAUUGGCCGGUGAGGCAUGUUGCCGACGAGAAAAUUCGCAUGCAAUCGCUGGGCCUGGUCAUAGCAUUGCUGUGACUUCUUCUGGAUCAGUGUAUUCCUUUGGGUCCAACAACUCAGGGCAGCUUGGGCAUGGCACCACUGAAGAGGAGUGGAGACCUCGACUUAUAAGAUCAUUGCUAGGCAUUAGGAUUAUACAAGCAGCAGCUGGAGCAGGGAGAACAAUGCUGAUCAGUGAUGGUGGAAGAGUUUAUGCAUUUGGAAAGGACUCAUUUGGAGAGGCGGAAUAUGCAGUGCAAGGAUCCACCAUGGUAACUACUCCCCAAUUGGUGGAAUCAUUGAAAAAUAUAUAUGUUGUUCAGGCAGCAAUCGGGAACUUCUUCACUGCGGUUCUUUCUCGAGAAGGCAGGGUCUACACCUUCUGCUGGGGGACUGACUCGAAGCUUGGCCAUCAGACCGAACAGAAUGAUCCGGUACCUCGUCUCCUUCUGGGUCCUCUUGAAAACAUACCAGUGGUUCAGAUUGCUGCUGGCUAUUGUUACCUGCUAGCAUUGGCCUGCCAAUCAAGUGGCAUGUCUGUCUACUCUGUGGGCUGUGGCUUGGGAGGGAAGCUGGGGCAUGGUUCAAGGACGGAUGAAAAGUACCCAAGGUUGAUCGAGCAGUUUCAGACCCUAAACCUGCAACCUGUGGUGGUUGCAGCAGGUGCUUGGCAUGCUGCUGUUGUGGGACGAGAUGGGCGUGUGUGCACAUGGGGAUGGGGACGCUACGGCUGCUUGGGCCAUGGUAAUGAGGAGUGUGAAUCUGUUCCCAAGGUGGUAGAAUCCCUGGGCAAUAUCAAGGCCGUACAUGUCGCAACUGGCGACUAUACUACAUUUGUCGUGUCCGACACCAGGGAUGUUUACUCAUUUGGCUGCGGAGAGUCCUCGAGCUUGGGGCAUUCGACUGCCAUCGAGGCUCAGGGCAACAGGCAUGCCAACGUGCUCAGCCCAAAACUAGUUACUUCGCUGAAGAACAUCAAUGAGAGGGUGGUUCAAAUCAGCCUCACAAACUCAAUCUACUGGAAUGCACAUACCUUCGCUCUAACAGAUUCCGGGAAACUGUAUGCGUUUGGAGCCGGGGACAAGGGCCAACUUGGGAUCGAACUUGUUGCACAGCAGACAGAAAGUGGGACGCCAGAGCGCGUCGAUGUCGAUCUUGAUUAAGUCCACUAGCACCAUUAUACCUUUUGAUUCUCUGCAGUUCCUUUUAAUUUGUUAUGGCACCUGCCUGCAUUAUUUCUACCUCCACAAUCGCUGCCAACCGCCACGAUCACCACCAAACAACAUUGUGACUGAGCAAAGGCCUCUUUGUUCAUAUAACAUUACAACUCAUUCUGUUCAUAGAUCAUGUUCGUGUGUGCAUAACAAAGAACCCUGUUGGAUGCAUGGUCCAGCUCGAGGAAGUGCAUCCAUGUGUCAAUUUGAUGGAUCCAUCAUAUCCUUAACGGGCAGGUAAAGCAAACACUGUUAUCAUAUCAGCCGCUUUAAUUUGGCUUGUGCAAUUCUGAAAAGUUAUAUCCAGCGAGGUAGACAGACUGCGGUGGUCCAGUCGACCAGCGGGUCAAAUGGGUAAGUGGACCUGGUGGAUGCGUAGGGUUUAUUUAUUAAAUUGGUCAAGUUGAUCAGAUUAGUGGAUUAAUACGACCUAACUAGGUAGGCUGUUUGAGGAAGAGAUGAGAUCAGAUAAGACAAAACAUUUCAUGAUAUUUUCCUCAUUGUAAAAAAAAAUCUUGCUUAUUUAUUAUUCAUGACAUUCCAACAAAUAAAGAAAUCCAAAUGAAAUAUCCAUUUAGAUCAAA